UUCGCACUAUAACUCCCAUCUAUAGAUCACCACUCAUAUCAUCGUCAACAAAACGGAAUUAAGAACAAAAACAAGGAAAAGGGGCAACGAAAUAAGGCAAGCAAUGCUAUCUUCUGACAAUUCCUCAUUCCGAUUGAGAGCGAAGCAGGAUGCAUUUAAUCUUCUCAAGAUUCUUGGCAUACUUUUACUUCGGGUUCCAAGUCGUUCUCCAUUCCUUCAUCGACCCUUGUCACCUACAUCCCCAGCCUUGCCACAUCCUGGCGCAGAUAGGACAUACCGUGCGCCUGGGUGCCCUGCUGCCUACUCGCCAGCCAGCCAGGGUGCAGGCUGCCCUGAACCGCGCCCUCGCCAGUCUCGCUCAAACUGGGGACAACUUCCUUCCAUACAACCUAAGCUUGGAAAUGGUGCCGCGCGAGCCCCUCAACGGAGACCCGGAGUCCCUCUUCAGGUGCGUCUGCCAGGCUAUCGUUGUGCAGGGGGUCUCCGCCGUGCUAGCCUUCCCCCAGACCCAGGAAGAGCUUGUACAAGUGGAAUUUAUGGCUUCUUUUUUGGAAAUCCCUUUUAUCAGCAUUAUUGAACAAGGAGAACCACUGAAAACGCAAAACCGGUUCCACCUGCAGAUGGUGACCCGGAUCCCGCCGUCGGGGCUGGCGGAGCUGCUGCUCACGGUGCUGCAGCGGAGCGGCUGGCAGGAGGGCAUGGCGGUCCUGUGCCAGGGCUGGGAGGAGGCGGGGGUGCUGGAGCUGCUGGAGCUCCAGAGCCGGACGGACUGGGGCGAGGCCCGCUGGCACCUGCGGGCGGCCCUCAACCUCUCCAUGGCGGCGGAGGAGGAAGCGGAGGUGGCGCACUUCCUGUCGGAGCACUUCCGCCAGACUCGCCCCCCUCCGGCCUCCGUGCUGCUCUUUGGGGAUGACCCCCAAUGUGCCGCCACCGUCCUGCGCAGCGCCCACGACCUGGGACUAACCCUCCCCACCGUGCACUGGAUUAUGGGAUACCCUCUCAGCCCAGAUGCCCUCCACUCCAUUGGACUCCCGCUGGGUCUGCUGGCCUAUGGAGAAGUGGACCGCAAGCCACUGGACUUCUACAUCCUCGAUGCCCUCCAGCUGGUCAGCAGGGCUGUGUCCUCGGCCACUGUGGUGCGUCCAGACCUGGCUUUAAUUCAGAAUAUGGUCAACUGCUACGACAAGCCCAAUAAACACGAAGUUCCCUCUUCUGGACAAUAUCUUGCCAGGUUCCUGUCCAACACGUCCUUCACGGGGCUGACAGGGGCGGUCAAAGUCCAGCGCAACGUGUCCCGCGUCCUUACCUCCCAGCGUUUCCAUAUAUGGAGUCUGCGGCGAGACGUGGUGGGCCAGCCCACCUGGGUUACCGUGGGCAGCUGGGAGAGCGGGAGGCUGGAGGUGGAGGAGGAGGGCCUGUGGCAGGGGCCGUCUCCACGGCAGCGGGCCGAGGGACAGGGCGGGAGGAAAGGCGGCCGCUGGGCUCCCGGGCAGCCGGUGGCGGGGAGCCGGCUGCGGGUGGUGACGUUGGUGGAGCACCCCUUCGUCUUCACGCGAGAGGUGGACGAGGACGGAAACUGCCCCGCGGGGCAGUUCUGCUUAGACCCGCGCACCAACAGCUCGGAUUUCCUGGACCGCCUCUUCCGGGAGGUGUCUCUGGGCAACCUGACCUUCCUGCCCCCUGACUUCAGCAAGUGCUGCUACGGCUACUGCAUAGACUUGCUGGAGAAACUGUCCGAGGACUUGCACUUUGAGUUCGACCUCUACAUCGUGGGGGACGGGAAGUACGGCGCAUGGAAGGGAGGCCGCUGGACGGGGCUGGUAGGCGAUCUGCUGAGCGGCGUGGCCGACAUGGCCGUCACCAGCUUCAGCAUCAACUCGGCCCGCAGCAAAGUCAUGGACUUCACCAUCCCCUUCUUCUCCACCAGCCUGGGCAUCCUGGUGCGCAGCAAGGACACGGCCGCGCCCAUCGGCGCCUUCAUGUGGCCCCUGCACUGGUCCAUGUGGGUCGGCAUCUUCGUCGCUCUGCACAUCACCGCCCUCUUCCUCACCCUCUACGAGUGGAAGAGCCCUUACGGCAUGACGCCGCACGGACGCAACCGCGUGAAAGUGUUCUCCUACUCCUCCGCCCUCAACCUCUGCUACGCCAUUCUGUUCGGACGCACCGUCUCCAGCAAGACCCCGAAGUGCUGGACCGGCCGCUUCCUCAUGAACCUGUGGGCCAUCUUCUGCUUGCUAGUGCUGUCCAGCUACACUGCUAACUUGGCCGCAGUAAUGGUGGGGGAAAAAACCUUUGAGGAGCUCUCUGGGAUACAUGAUGCCAAGCUCCAUCACCCCUCCCAUGGUUUCCGAUUUGGCACGGUCAGGGAGAGCAGCGCUGAGGACUACAUGAAGAAGAGCUUCCCAGAGAUGCACGAGUACAUGAGGCGCUUCAACGAGCCCACCACCCCUGAUGGAGUCGCCACGCUCAAGACAGAUCCGCCUAAGCUUGAUGCUUUCAUUAUGGACAAGGCCCUGCUGGACUAUGAGGUUUCAAUUGACGCUGACUGCAAGCUGCUGACAGUGGGCAAGCCGUUUGCGAUCGAAGGCUACGGCAUUGGCCUGCCCCAGAACUCCCUCCUCACCUCCAACGUGUCCGAGUUUAUCAGCCGCUACAAGUCGGACGGCUUCAUGGACAUGCUGCAUGACAAGUGGUACAAGGUGGUCCCCUGCGGAAAGAGGGUCUUUGCAGUGACAGAGACGCUGCAGAUGGGCAUACGCCACUUCUCGGGCCUUUUCGUGCUGCUGUGCGUGGGCGUGGCCGGCGCGCUGCUCACGCUCAUCGGGGAGCACGCCUUCUUCCGCCUCGUCCUCCCUCACAUCCGCCGCCGCCAGAAGUUCAAGUACUGGCUCCACACCAGCCAGAAAAUCCACAGAGCCUUGAACAUGACCUAUGAGGACGUGAAGCGGCAACGGGCAAAUUCAGAGAAGAGCUGUAAUAUCCAGAAAGUGCAGCCCCCGCAGCCUCCUCCUGCGGCGCCCCCGUCUGGUGCCACGGCCAAGUGGAACAACGAGAGCAGCAAGGCCUCCCGGGACACCAAGGACAACAAGCGCGUCCACUUCAACCUGGAGACACUCAACAGCCGCCGCCUCCUGGCAAGGGCCGCCCCCGAGGCAGAGAGAGGCGGGGCCAGGCUGAGCCUGGUGGGCCGGAUCUGUGAGAACGGAGGACCGUCGGUACCGCCCCCCAGGAUGGUCCUGCCGCUCCCUCCUUCUUCUGUCCCGACUCCCGCCCCCGCACCCUCCUCCUGCGCCCCGCCCCGGGAAGGGGAGCUCCAGGAGCUGCAGGAGAGGAUUGAGGAGAUCAGGGAGCAGCUCAAGGCUGCGCUGGCCAGGAGGGCCGAGCUGCAGACCUCCCUGGCCAAGGAGAAGGCCAGCCCCGCCCAGACUGUCACAGAGGCGCCUCCUGUAGGCCCCUCCCCCCCUGCCAAAGACACCAAUCAGAAGAGGUGAUGCUCCCAGCCUCUGUGAGGGUUGUGGAGGGCAGGUGUGAUAACUGUUGGCUCGCCCCUUAUUUGGAAAUGGCCUUCAGAAGUGGAUCUGCCACAGCAUCCAUUUUGUGGGGUCUUACUUAGCCAUGUUGCUUUGAUUAUGGAUGGGAGAGCCAGUGAGGCCGACUUACUGCAGGCUGGAGCUUGCCCAGGAGUCUGGAAUAUUUUUGAGAAAUAAGCUUCCUACAGGAAGAAAUCUGUCCUACAUUAACCUGCUGUCCACCCGGGAUGGGCUUAGAGACAGCUAUGACUGACUGUGCCAAUUAUUGCUAAGAAACACAAGCAUCCUGGAUCUUAUAAACUCAUAAAAUGGCCAAACUGGCAAUUCAACUGCACUUUUGCUAGAUUUGAUGAAUUUGGUCUAUAAUUUCACUGAGGGUGACGACAAAGCCUGGAAUUCAAACGAACAUGAAGAGAAACGGAAACGACAAUCUGGGUAAAGCAGUUGGCGUUUCGAAGAGGAUAAGUGUGAGCUGGGAACAGGAGUCACAAGGACGGAGUGGUUCCAGACCUUUUUACGGUGUUCUCACUGUUCCUUUAUUUCUGUAAGCUCGGAACUAGCCUUGUUCACGGGUCGUGACAUUUUUCCUAAAUAAAGUCUAAUAGAAGUA